AUGUCUCGGUGUCCAGUUUCAGGGGCCAUCCCCUACUACGUCCUGGACGACGACGAGGAAGACGACGACGUCCAGAUCGUCGGGGUCAACUCGUUGAACCCCGAGGCUGCUCCCGGGCCUCAGCUGGGCGAGUAUCGUCUCGAUACCCCAAGAUCAUUUUACCAGGGCCAGAACACCAGCUACCUCAGCCAACCCUUCUACGCUGGUAUUCCUGCCCAGCAGAUGCUGACAGCUUCGGCUACUGGCCUUGGAGGAGUUGCUCCCCUUACUCCGCUCCCCGCCAGCAACCAGUCUUCCUCCCGCCAGCCGUCAGCUACAGAGUCCGCCUCUGUCGUCUCUUACUUUCCUCCUCCUGUUCCUAGAACUGCCAUUGACAAUACUGCGGCCUCUGUUUCUGCCUCUGAGUCUGGCCCUGUCUCUGUCUCCAUCCCUGGGUCUGGAUCUGGGUCUGAGUCUUCCUCCUCCUCCGGGGACGUCAUUCGCUCCGAGUACCAGCUUGAACUCCUGUCAAGCCAGACUCAGACUGCUCCAGCUCCAGUUCAUGCAACCAUCCACGAGCAAUCUCCCCCAGGUGACGCAGUCAGCAGAUCUGCUUGGUCUGGCAUGGCAUACGGCAACAUUCUCAAGGUCCUGGUCGGCCCUAAAGACUGCGAAUACCCCAGCAAUCCUGACCAGCUCCCUCCAUCUUUCUUCAGUGACCUUGCUAACACUAUUGUUGUGAGCUUUCCCUAUGAAGACUUUGCCUACAAGCAUGGCUGCACUAUCGACGAAGUAAACCACGCACUUAUUUCGCAGGUUGUGGCCCCUCUUAUCAAAUGUCACUCAGUCGAUAAAAAGCUAAUGGCAAAGACUGCCAACAACAUUUAUGACAGCUGGGUUCCCAGGGACUAUCAAUACCAUGGUGUACAAACCAGUUCCAGCUCUCAGGCCACUCCUACCAUGCUCACUCUCUCUGGAUCCGACGUCGAACAGCAGACUUAUCCUACUCACUACGAACCUGUCAAGGAGCAAUCUUCCAAGUCUUCCAUCCCAGCUCCUACUCCAGCACCCCAAGAGGCCAAACAAAAGGCUCCUACUCCUAAGCUUACCCAUGAAGAGACCUUGGAAUAUGCUCGUGUCCUCCUCGAGGGCAUUGCAGAGUAUGCAUUUGGCAUUGAAAAUGAUAUCCAAGACCAAAAUGCCACUCUUCCUCCAGCCCAGGCCGUUGCUGGUACUCUUGUUCCAAGCUCCAACGUCCAGGCUCAAUCCAAAGCCCAAUCUGUCGAGUCAGUCCGGAACGGCCAUGCUUUCACCACUCUAUCUACUGUUUGUCCUCCAUCACGCCGCACUAUCAAGCAUGCAAAGUCUCCUGCUUCCCUCAAGCGUGUAGCAUCUUCCUCCUCUGCUUCUACGCCUCCAUCUCUUAUGAAACCCAAGCGUCGAUACGAGGACAUUGCCGACCCUGAGUCUCCAUCUCCUCAGAAUCAACUAUCCCGCAACGAGCGCGAGGACACUCCCCGUCCAGCCAAAAAGGCCAAACUAGACUUCAACUACCUUCCUCCAUCUCCCAAAACAUGCGAUCAAAAGGGUGUUCUCCCACUUCCAAAGCUACACAACAAUCCAACCCUCUGGCCCGAGAACAGCGAAAAGGUGAAGAAAAUGGAAGUCUACCCAGCUAAACCUCACACUUACGUUCCUCUCACGGAUGACACUCGCGUCAAACGCCAAAGAGUCACCGUCGACCCAUUCGGCAAGUACGAAAAGGUCUCCCCCUACGAAGACCCAAAUAGGAACAUGACCAAUAUCCUACUGGAACGCGGCGUUCCACUUGAUGAGCACCCACGUACCAAGCGUCCAUUGACUAAGCGUGACAUCGAGACUAUCAAGAAGGGGCAAAAGAACUUCUUUAAGUAUGCCAUGCAGCUUCAGUGCGAGCAUAUGGAUCGUUUGGGCCUCCCACGUCCUAUUCCCCAGGAACAUCUCGUUGAUGAAGGUGAAGACGAAGCUCCUGCUCCAGAAGACUUUUACCACUGGGACGACGAGGGUUUCAACGACUACUAG